AUGCUUCUGAGACAUAUAAUUAAAAAAACAACCAGGUUUAUGAGAUAUAAACCGCAGAUACCUUUGGUCUACUAUGCUGCUACAUUCGUGGGAUUAUCAAGUCAGAAUAAUGUCCACUUGGGGAGACCAAUGGCUACUUCAAAUCUGGAAAGAUAUGAUAUCGAUUUUGUCACCAUGAAGAAGACCCCAGUUCACAGAGAUGAUAAUAAUGACAAGAAAGAAUUUUUGAAGAUGGCCAAUGAUUUCAAAAAGCUAUUUCCAACUAUAGAAUUAGUUGAUCCUAAUCUGGACUGUAUUAGACUUGAUGAUGUUCUUUACGGCGAAUAUAGGCAAAGAUUUGACGCUAAUAUUAAUGCAAUCCACAAUGAAUCAAUUUAUGAUCUGCUUACCUUUACAUUUAAUUUUUAUCCAGAAUUGAAGGAUUUUCAAGAAUUUAUUCAGAGGAAAUACAACAAUAAGAAUAUAAGUUUAGAUUAUUUAAGUGCAUCUGAGGUUAUCAAUGAUAUGUGUCAGUUUCAAGAUUUUUAUGCAAAAUAUAAAGAAGUGAAUAAAGAGAAGGUUCACAAUUACCGUGACAUGGAAAAUGAAUUCAUUAACUUUUUGAGUGACAUUCCGGAUUUUCCUCAGAGAUUAGCAAAACAAUUGAUUCCAAUGGUAGAAUAUUUUGAGAAAGUAAAGAUAUUCUUUGCAAAUGGUUUAUAUAUGUUUGAGAAGGAAUUGGAGUCUUUGGACAAAGAAUUUGAUUUUGAGAAAUUUCCAUCAAUCAAGGAAUUGACGGAACAAAUUGAAAGAACAAUGGGUCGCUUUGAGGAAUUUUUGUCUUCUAAUGCUGAGAUUAACGAAACAUUUUUUAAAAUUUUGAUUCAAUGUAUACGUUACAAAGCUUUGAAUGAGAAGUUAAAGUCAUUGAAAGGUUAUAAUUUGAAUGAUAUUAAAAAGAUAAUACAAGAUCUAUCGUUUGAUAACAACGUAUCUCAAGUUGAAGAAUAUUGGUAUGAGUUAACUGGUGAAGUUGAUUGGAAGUCUCAGCUGCGUUUUCAGACAAAUUGCUUCUUGUACAACUUUUUGAUUGAUAUGGGUGCUGUUCCUGAAUCCAAUAAUUACUAUGAACUUGCGCCUAAAUUGUAUAAAUUAUCAAAGGAAAAUUCUAUUUAUGGGAACGCUGCUUCUGAACUUUUGCGUACCUUGACUGAACAAGAAGUUCUUAAUCCAGUACAUUUAGGAGCUUACAUUAAUGAAUUCGAGUUUAACCCUAAGUACAACAUUUCUGAUGACAAGCUCACCAAUUUUGUCUUGAAUUUUAUGUUGACUAGUAACAGAAGCUGGGAAGAUACCAAAAACCAAAUUACCAUGGGACCAACCCCUAGCUCCAAACAGUGUGAUUUGACAUUUUUUGAUCUACUUGUUCAAACUCCAGAAUUAACAGAGAAAAUCUUCAGUGACCCUGUGUUGGAGAGAGAGUAUAAGAGGUUCUGUAACUAUCCAAGUGUUCCUACUGAUACCGCUGCAUUUGAGGAUGCACCUGUGUUGCAACAAAUUAGAGACGAGCUAGGCGAACUGUUUGAGUCGUUUAACAGUGCAUCUGAGUUGGUUCUGUCAAUCAAGGAAUUGAGUUCAGACUACGAUCAGGUGUGUUCAAAUAUUGUUGAAGCUUCCCGCUAUUUUGGUGACAAUUUAGUUGCGUUGGAUGAACUCAUUGUUCGCUACAAUGACUCCAAGCGACACAUCACACCAAAGAUCAAGAAUAACUCAUUCUACAAACAAAUUCCCGAUUGGCUCGAAUUGGAGAACCACGUUUAUGAAAUCAGAUUCUUGAAGGAGGAGUUGGGUGAUUUUAGUGAUAAGAGCUACGUGUUGAGUUCUCUUGAUAACUUACUGAAGAGUAUGCUUGAAUAUGAAGAGUACUUCCCGGAUGUCGACAUUGAGAGUUUCUUGAAGUUGAGAAGCAAAUUAAAAGAAUUUGCACAGAACAACAGCAAUGAAUGUUUCAAAAUAUUGGAGACGGUUUUACUCAACCAUAGUGCAUUCAGUAGAUUUGAACAAGAACUUGCAAGAAAAUCUGCCGCCACUGACACUGCCACGGCUCCCAGUGAUACAGUUUCAGAACAAGAGAAUCUUGUCGUCCAACCAGAUACGGUCGACACAGAAGCACAACCAUAUGUCCAGAUUCCAGACGAUCUCAAGAUACACGAGUUUUCCGCAGAGUUGGCUAUUCUCAAGGGCAUUUUGGGAAGACCUUUCAAGCAAGUCAGUGCUGAAGAGAUUCUUAAUGUUUUGGACACCGAAAUUGAAAAUUCGUUUACUGCCAGUGGCACACGUUCCAGCUUGCUUGCAUCAAACACAUCAGACGUAUUCAACUUCCUAAGAUUGAAAAGAAAAUUGAACCGGUUGUUUGGCAUAAAUGGCAACAACACGGAAGUGUUGGAUGUUGUUCUCAAUAGCCAGCUGGUGUUUGAUUCAUUUGAAUCGUUAAAGAAGAAUGGACGAGUUGUUGCUGAACAGAAACCAGAGAGUGCUAUUGCGAAACAGGAAACAUUAUUGACAGGAAAUGAAUUUGAAGUUUUGGGGGACUUCUUGAGGUUCUCUGAAUUGUUGUUUAGAAAAGAUGUCCAUAAUGUUUCAGCAGAAGAGUUCAACGAGAUGGUUGAUCGGUAUGGGCGGUCCUUGGAUGAAUCUGCGUCUUCCUAUUUGUUUGUCAAGAGUGUAUUGGACCAGUUGAAGACGUACAACUCCAAGAUCGAAUUCUACCCAGCAUUCUUGGUGUGUGUGUAUGGCACCAACAGUUUUGGUGAUUUGCCAAUGACGUCGUACGAGUUGGAGACGUUCUAUGAAGACUUGGUGAGAAGCUUGCGUGAGAUUGCUACCAACGAGGAGAAGGUUGUGCAAGACACAACAUCUGUCGAAAGCAAGUUUGACAUUGGUGAUUUUGGUGGAGCCAAGAUCCAGUACAAUGACUCUGAGAGGUUAAUAUCUGACUUGGAUAAUCAGAGCAGCAGUGCCGAUUUUGAGGCUGUCAGACUGGCAGUGCAUUCUGCAUUUGAAACUCUGCCCAAGCCUGUUGUUGCUUCUCGUAGUGCCGACGCCAAAGAUGAAGCAAAACCAAAGAUUAUGAAACCAGUGAAGCAUUUGAGUGACACGUCACACGAGGUGGACAAGUCUAAGUUGGAGAAGUAUUUGCAAGAGGCCAAGAAACAAGAGGAAAGUAAACUCCGCGAGAGAGAGGCAUUUGAGUGGAGCAAGAGGGCAGAGGCCAAUUCCAAGCGUGCUAAGAGAAUCGAGUCAAAGUACUGCAUUUUGACACUUGACGGUGAAGUCAUGCCUAUUAGUGAACAAGCGUUGGGUGCGUUGCCCAAGGAGGAUAUUUUCAAGGCAUUGAACAAGUUUACUAAGGAGGAGCUUGCACAAGCCAGUGAGGCCGUCAAAGACAUGCAAUCGCGUAACUGGAAGGUUAUUGGUAGCAGAGUCGAAGGGGAUAAGAAGUACUUGGUGUUGGUCAACAACGAUGAUGGUGCUGGAAAAGCAUUCCGUGUAGUGAGAUCACUUUUGGCUACCAGUGGUUUGGUAUUGUUGACAGUGAUUGGUGUUAACCUCUGGGUUGAUGAGACAGACCAGUUCAGUAAAGCUAUUGCAGAAUACGAAAAGAAGGCGGAGGAAGAGAGAAAGGGACAAGCGGCUGUGGGUCCGUUCUCAGUAGCCCAACCUACCACAGUGAAAACACCAACGGUAUUUGGUAAAGAGAAUGUUGCUGGAGUUGUUAUUCCUGAUGAUUCUGGUAAGACAGAGAAAGACGGUCAACAAGAGACGUUGUCCUGGUGGCAGCGUUUGAUGUGGAGUAAGUAG